AUGCUUCGAUUGGAGACUGAGUUUAUUUGUUCCGAUUUAAAAUUUUCAAAGUUUGAUGAGAAGGGUUUGAUAGGAAUAACUUCCGAUACAUUUGAAACUAAAUAUGUUGGUCAAUUAAAUUAUUGGAGAUUAUCAAGUGUUGGACAAUUAGAUGAAAUUCAAAGUGUAGGAUUGGAUACUGGUGGUGUUUGUGUUUCGGAAACUUCUCAUUAUGAUUCUUUUUUAAUUACUGGCCACACAGAUCCAAUUUUAAGAUUAUGGACUUUGAAUGAAUUGAGAAAACCAAUCAAAAGAUAUACACAUCACAAUAUGAGUGUAGAGGAUGUUAGUGUGUCGCCAUUUAAUGGAAAUGAAUUUGUUUCAUGCAGUAAAGAUAGCAGUUUUGCAAUUUGGGAUAUUGCUGAGAGUGAGCCAAUCUUUUCCGCAAACAAUGAAUCUUCAUUUCCAAUGUUAGGUGUCACUUAUCAUUCUCAAAACCCAAGUCUUUUAUUGGCAGCACCUCUAGAUACAAGAAUUGAGCUAUGGGAUAGACAAGAACAAAAAAAGCUCUAUACAAUUACACCACCAGAUGACAUAAUAUUUUCCUGCAUGUCGAUUAAUCCAUAUAAUGAAUUCAUGCUCUCAGUUGGUGACGAACAAGGUAUGGCUUAUAUUUGGGAUUUAAGGUCUUUGAAAAAGCCAAUACAUAGCCACCAAGCUCAUGGUUUAGCAGUUUCUCAAAUCAAAUUCAAUCCUCACGAUGAAGCACUUCUUGGUACAUCAAGUACAGAUAAUUAUUUUCAUUUAUGGCAUCUUAAAUCAAAGGAAGAAAAGGAACAAUUGGAAUGUAUCAAAUCUUACAAAACUCAUACUUUACCUAUUACUACAUUUGAUUGGAGUUUACAUGAAGUUGGUUUAGCAUGUGAUGCCUCUAGUGAUUAUAGCAUCUUUCUUUGGAGCAUUCUUCAAGAAGAAGAGGAAAUUGAGUCUACUAUUUCUCCAUCAAAGAAUUAA